CCAGAACAUGUCAAAAUACAUCUAAUAAGUUGCUGAUAUUUUCCUCCGACCAGAUAAUCUCCGAUACUGGUAAUGUGUGUGCAACAAAUUCGAGGGCUCUUCAACAUGACGAAGAAGAGUCCUUGUUCCGUUCAGGCUUUAUUCGACCUUUGUAAGCAGACUUUCACGCCUUCUGCAACUUCCCCACCUUCUUCUCAAGCCAUUCACAAAUUUUAUUCCCUUUUGGAUACAAUUGGUCCUAAAGAGGUUGGACUGAAAGAUGAGAGCUUAGAGGAUGAAAGAGGUCAUGGCCUUUUUGGACUCAGUGUCUUCAACAGGGUCGAUCGAUGGGCUCAACCGAUAACAUAUGUGGAUAUACACGAGGAUCAAAACUUUACUAUGUGUAUGUUUUGUUUCCCUACUUCUGCAGUCAUUCCAUUACAUGAUCAUCCUGGAAUGACUGUAUUGAGUAAAGUUCUCUAUGGAUCCUUGCACGUGAAAGCUUAUGACUGGGUUGAGCCAGCUUGCAUCAGGAAGAGUGAACAAAUUGGUCAUCCUACAGUGAGACUAGCCAGGUUGGCGGUUGAUAAGGUCAUAACGGCACCACAUGGUACAUCUGUUUUGUAUCCCAAGAGUGGAGGGAAUCUGCAUUGUUUUACUGCUAUUACACCUUGUGCGGUUCUGGAUAUUCUUGCUCCUCCUUAUCUUGAAGCAGCUGGCAGAAGAUGUACCUACUACCAUGAUUAUCCUUAUUCCAGCUUUGCAAAUGGGGAUGAAAUUGUUGGUAAUGGAAAAGAACAAGACUAUGCGUGGCUUGCUGUGGUUGAUACACCAGAGGAUCUGUACAUGCGCCCUGGAAGGUACAUGGGUCCAGCCAUCCACAGGCCUCCCUCAACAACUAGACAAAUACCGUCAUGGCAUCCAAAAGAAAAAGGAGGACCUUAUUAUUUUGAUAAAGAGAGCACACCUGCUGGAGACAGGGAAUUCCAUUUUGGAAACAAAGUAAGCACGCAUGAAGACUUGUUUAUUUUUUGAAAACUGCAUGAAAUGUUGAUCAGAUGUAGCUUCUAAUGCCUACCAGAUCCUCCUCGAAUACAUAUAUCUAAACAACAACGCCGAUUGAGUAUACAAAAAGGAAAACUUUAAUGGAUUCUCCCUA